UUAUAUGGAUGAACACUGGCCAUAAAGUUCUAAUAUACAACUUGAAUUGUUUUUUUCCAAAAGUUUUUAUUUAGACAAAUAUAAUUAUGCAAUCCGAACCACCAAAGAUAAGGUUAUUAUUCGAACAAUUUAUUGAGGUGAUUAAUCCAUUCAAACGAUUAAAUUAUCUUGAAAAAUAUUGCCGUUCAAUGCUUGAAUUAGAUUCUAUAACUCAUUUAACACAUCAAGUGAUCAAUGUAUAUUUUUGGUUAGCCAUAUUACGGCAUUGGCUACUUGUGAUUGUUCCAUGGACCAAAGAAUAUCGCAUAAUGUUUUUUGAUAUUGUCUAUAUGCUUAAAAUAGAAUCGGCAACUAAUGCCUUGUUUACAUUGCUGUUAUUGGCUAUAAAAACUAUCGAAAAUACACAAUAUAGAGAUCCAGAUAAACAUAGUAUUAAACUUUUAUAUAAGAUCAUGUUCGAACAUGAUACAUCAUUUUUUCAUCUUUGGAUCAACAAGCAUUGCCGCAAUCCAUAUCGACCGGGCAGAACACCUGAAAAGCUAUGUAAACAGUUUAGACAAUUUGUUUGGCUAGCAUUUAUUUUUGUGCAAGGAUUUUUAUUAUUAAUCGAUUUGAUAACAAUAUUCUGGCAUUUUCAAUUGUAUUAUUUAAUUUGGCAGAAUAGUCAUUUCUUUUUCACAAAUCGAUUUCUUAUACCGUUCAAAUUAUUAUUGGCCGAAAUAAUGUUGUUAAGUGUAUCCGGUGGAUUUUAUUCUUUGGUUAAUUAUCUUCUCAUUCUUGUAAUGAUGGGUUUUACAAGUAUUUUUUCGAGUAUUUUACGUCUUCACCAAUUAGAUGAAUAUCUUGAGGAUAAUCUACGAAUUCUAUCAUCAAAUGAUUUACGAGAGUUUAUUGUUGCACAUACUGGUACGGUUAAUGUUAUUGCUAGAUUUAAUAAAACUUAUUCAUGGCCUGGUACUGCUUAUCUAUUGUCAAAUAUUCCAUACAAUGUUUUCUUGGUUAUGUCGAUGAUGUUUCAUCAUGCAGAGGAAACAAUGCUCGAAACUCUUAUCUUAUCAUUGAUGGCUAUGCAACAAUUUUUAGGUAUAUUCGGUGUUCAUUUUAUAUUAACUUUAUUGCCCAAAAAGAUUCAUCGUAAUGGUAUUCUGCGAUUGAUAUCGUUAAAUGCUCGUGCUCAAUUUCGAUCAACAAUCACUCAUCUAAAAGUUAUAAAUUAUAUCGAAAAAUUUCAUUGUAAAAAUCGUUAUGGAGUCCAUUAUUAUAAACUUAAUUUAGUUACUUUAAACACGUUCAUUAAGUGUUUAAUUCUUUAUAGUAAAGGUGUUAUUAUGGUGUAUAAAAUGUUUCGUCGAUCAACAAUAUCGUUAAGUUGAUUACACUGUCGAUUUGAAUAAAAUUAAAAAUGAAAUAAUGAUUCGUUUUAUUAAUCAUUCAUUGAUUAUUCAUCAGAAUUUUUUAUUUGUUUUU